AAAUACUCCCCUUCAAGCCCAACGCACUCCCCACCAAAGAACAAGAAGCAAUUACAUCUCGUUGCUUGAUUGUUUCCUAUUCUUGUGCUCUUCCUUGCCCCUCGGUUCCUCGGUUCGACCGACGAAGAUGACGAUCCUCAUUGACCAGCCUGAGAUGGGGUCGCAACUCGAUGUCGAGAAGACUGCGAGCGCGAUCGAUGAUUUGGUGCUGGAUGGUGGGUUCGUCAUGCCGAAAUCGGCCGCUGACGAUGGGUUCAUGGCACCGAAUAUCAACUCGUUCGGAAACAACUUCAGGGACUAUCAUGCCGAGAGCGAAAGGCAAAAGACCGUGGAGGAGUUCUACCGGUUGCAGCACAUCAACCAAACAUAUGACUUUGUCAAGAGGAUGAGGGAGGAGUAUGGAAAAAUGGACAAGGUGGAGAUGAGCAUCUGGGAAUGCUGCGAGCUCCUGAAUGAUGUGGUAGACGACAGCGAUCCCGACUUGGACGAGCCGCAAAUCGAGCAUCUCUUGCAGACCGCGGAAGCAAUCAGGAAGGAUUACCCCGACGAGGACUGGCUGCACUUGACCGGCCUUAUCCAUGAUCUUGGAAAGGUCCUUCUUCACCCCAGUUUUGGUGGGCUUCCCCAGUGGGCUGUUGUUGGUGACACAUUCCCUCUAGGAUGUGCUUUUGAUGAAGCAAAUGUCCACCACAAGUACUUCAAGGAGAACCCUGACUACGACAACCCGGCUUAUAACACCAAGUGCGGGAUAUAUUCCGAAGGGUGCGGAUUGGACAACGCAUUGAUUUCAUGGGGACAUGAUGACUACAUGUACUUGGUGGCUAAGGAAAAUAGAACUACUCUUCCCUCUGCAGCAUUGUUCGUUAUCCGAUAUCACUCGUUCUACCCAUUGCACAGGGCAGGAGCGUACACGCACCUCAUGAAUGAGGAGGACAAAGAGAACUUGAAGUGGCUUCACAUAUUCAAUAAGUAUGACCUUUACAGCAAGAGCAAGGUCCGGAUCGAUGUCGAGAAAGUGAAGCCAUACUAUCUGUCCCUCAUUGAAAAAUAUUUCCCUGAGAAGCUUAGGUGGUAGAAGAAAUCAAUGUGAGGCGACGAAAUAACCAAUUGAUCGGUCCAUUAUGUGUCAUUCGAGAGGGGGGAUGUUACCUUAGUGUAAACAAGAGAUGGAAGAAUUAGUGAUUGUUUAAAUAAAUCUCGGUGUUGAUAUGUUUUUUUUUUCAUUCGAAUGAAUUGCGCUAUUCAUUGGUCUUUUUCGCA